UGACUCCAGCCUCUCGUGUUUGUCAUCAGCCCUCCAUCCUUGUUCCGCAUCUCUGUUUUUACCUGUUCUCAUUCAAAUGGAGCUCGAUGGAAAGUAGUCGGCGUGUACCGGUUCCGUUUUUUACAUCUGGAGAAUGAUCCACUCUCAGGUUAUUUUAUCCCAGAACCUGUACCAGAAUCGCCUUUUUGGCCUGGCGGCUAUGGCCUCACCGACCCGCAGCAACCGCCAGCGCUGUAAGGAUCGUCACAGCUACGGGCCUGACUCCUACGCUGUCAACGCUCUGAACCAAGAAGCCUUCGUGUUAGGGUUGCCACGGUCAACCAGCGACACGGAUCUGGUCUCCCCGGACACUCGCUCCACCCUCACCGUAAGCGCUUCUCACUACACCGUAGGCCAGUCGGAAGACUUAGUGAUCGCAUGGGACAUCAAGGAGGAGGUGGAUGCUGGCGACUGGAUCGGAAUGUAUCUCGUGGAUGAGCCUUUAUCUGAGAACUUUCUGGAUUAUAAGAACCGAGGCAUCAACGGAUCGCAUAAAGGACAAAUUGUUUGGAAAGUUGACUGCAGCUCUCACUUCAGUGACACUGAGACACUGGUCUGCUUCAAGUACUACCAUGGCGUCACUGGAGCACUGAGGGCAACCACACCCAGCCUAACCAUCAAAAAGGCACCAGUGCCUGUUUUAAAGCCAGUGGUAAGUCCUGAGGUCAACCAAGGACGAGGAAACAGGAGACUCAUUAACUUUUCACUGUCAGACCUCCAAGCUGUUGGUUUGAAGAAGGGAAUGUUCUUUCAUCCCGACCCGUACCUCAAACUGUCCAUUCAGCCUGGAAAGCAUAGCAUCUUCCCUUCGUUGCCGCACCACGGUCAGGAAAAACGCUCCGGCGUUGUCUGCAACACAAUCAACCCUCAAUGGAGUGCAGAGAGAUUUAACUUUUUGUCGCUACCCACUGAUGUUCUGGAGAUUGAAGUCAAGGACAAGUUUGCUAAAAGUCGGCCAAUCAUCAAGCGCUUCCUGGGGAAGCUGUCCGUCCCUGUUCAGAGGCUGCUGGAAAAACAUGCCAUCGGAGACCGGGUUGUCAGUUACUCUCUGGGUCGCAGGCUACCAACUGAUCAUGUGUGUGGACACUUACAAUUCCGAUUUGAGCUCGCCACCUCAAUUCAUCCAGAUGAUGAGGACGUUUCGCUGGUCAUAGAAUCAGCCUGCCCUGAAGUCGGCGCCGACGCCAACGAUGCCGCCGAUGCACCCGAUGAUGACACAUUAAGCGUAGGACACGAUACGGCCGAGCUCCCUAUGGACGCCCCUCCCGACCCCGAGACCCCAACGCCCUUAGCCUCGACAGCCCAACCCAGUGAGGACCUCGACGUGUCGGGAGAGGUGGAAGAAGGCGCUAUGGAGGACGAGAGCACAGCGAGAGAGGAACCGGCUGCGACCGAGCCGCAGGUGCAGAGCGAAGACGGCCAAUCGGCCGACGACACUGUGAGAACGCUGGCGGAGGGCGAAUCGGAAGAUGCACCUCAGGAGGAAGAGGAAGCACAGAGAGAAGAUAAUGUAACACUAGCUGAGGAGGGGGUAGCAGUAGAAGAUGACAAGAAAGCUCAAUCAGAUGUACCAACUGAAAAUACUGGCGCAGUAAGUCCAAAUAACGACGCAGUGACUACAGACGGCAACGACACAUCGCAAGAUUUACUCACGGAAACAACUGAAGUAUCACCGGGAGGAGAAAGCAGCAACGGUCCCUGUCCCUGCAUCUUCUCCAACUACAAUUCCCAAGGUCCUCUCCGGCGUAAAACUCGCCCUUGCUCUCUGCCGGUGUCGGAGCUGGAGAACGUGAUCGCCUCGGCGUGCGGCGAGCCGGAGACGCCUCGAUCGCACUACAUCCGCAUCCACCAUCUCCUCCACAGUCUCCCCUCGGCACAGCAUCGAGCUCCGAGCCAGGACGAGGAAGAUACGGAAGAAGGGGAGAACACCAGCACAAUUCAGGACAACACAUCACCAACACUUAAAAACACCAAAGACACACAGGAAGAUGAAGAUGAGAUAACCCAGUCACCCUCUCAGGUGGAAGAGUGCCCCGGUCCGUGUUGCUGUCGCUCCAUCCCACGCAGCCUUUCCAUUGAACGUCUGUCGGAACUAAACCAGCUCCUGGAAGGUGACGGAGGAGGUGGAGUGCACGCAGCAGUCAGAAGGAUCUCUCUCUCAUACUUAGAAAGCGAGGAGGGGGAUUCCGGUAGCACAGUUGGGAAACCAAAUACAGGGAGCAGCCAUCGGACCCGGGGGGAAAAUGAAUGCGAGUUGUGUGACACCUCCUGCUACAGCACAUCCUGCUACAGCACGUCUUGCUAUAGCACGUCAUGCUACAGCAACUCGGGCCACGAGGGCAGGGGCCGCAUCUGCAGCCACACCCGUCUCUCCUCUGUGGACAGCAACCGGCUCUCCGGCAGCACAGUCUUCUCCUCGCAGGACGAAGAGGAGGAGGAGAGCACCUUUGAGUCGGGACCGGACGUAAACAACUGUCCCGAGGGCCAGGAAGUGGGCGGGGCCGUUGGAGAGAGGAGUGGAAGAUGGAAAGAGGCCAGUGGAGAGGAACGUGGAGAAUCAGCUGGGGCUGAGUCACGGGACAACAACAGCACUAGCUCAAGCUUCUCACCUCCCGUUGGCCACCCUCCAGUCCUUCUUCCCAGCCUUGACUUAAACCAUUUUCCUGCCGCCACUGACCAAACCUUACCUCCAAACUGGGAAGCGCGCAUAGACAGCCACGGCAGAGUUUUCUACGUCGACCACGUCAACCGCACCACCACCUGGCAGAGACCAAGUCACGGCGGCAAGUGUAGUCAUGGGAUUCCCCGAUCUGGAUCCAGUCAACAGAUGGAGCAGCUCAACAGGAGGUAUCAGAGCAUCCAGAGAACCAUGGCCACUGAAGAGGAAGGUGGCAGUCAGAGGUUAGAGAGAACUCCCAGUGUUGAGACCGACUCAGAUGCUCCUCCGACCGCGACAGGUCCAGCAUCACCUGUCAAUCACCAGAAGAUCAGCCAACUUCUCCAGUCACCCGCUGUUAAGUUCAUCACACAUCCGGAAUUCUUCACGAUGUUGCAUAGUAACUACUCAGCCUAUCGGAUGUUCACCAGCAGCAGCUGCGUGAAACACAUGAUCCUGAAGGUGCGGCGUGAUGCCAAAAACUUUGAGCGCUACCAACAUAACCGGGACCUGGUGGUCUUCCUCAACAAAUUUGCAGACACUCAACUGGAGUUGCCACGGGGUUGGGAGAUCAAGACUGACCCCCAGGGCAAGUCUUUCUUUGUGGAUCACAACAGUCGAGCCACAACCUUCAUCGACCCUCGAAUCCCUCUUCAGAACGGCCGACUACCGGGCCACCUCGCCCACAGGCAACAUUUGCAGAGGUUACGCAGCUACAGCGCCGGAGAGGCUUCUGAUGUGUCUAGGAAUCGUGGAGCUUCAUUUAUGUCCAGGCCUGCAAACAGCCUAGUCGCCGCCAUACGAAGCCAACAUCACGUUGACCCGCAACAGUCCACCGCCGCAUCGUACAAUGACAAGAUUGUGGCUUUCCUUCGACAGCCGAACAUUUUUGACAUGUUGCAGGAGCGGCAACCCAACCUGAACAGAAACUAUGCGCUCAGGGAAAAGAUCCAUUACCUUCGGUCCGAAGGUACCCAGGGUGUCGAAAAGCUAUCAUGUGAUGCAGACCUGGUCAUCCUGUUAAGUUUGUUUGAAGAGGAGAUUAUGUCGUAUAUUCCGCCUCACCCAGUCCAUCCUGGCUUUAGUUUCUCCCCGCGCUGUUCACCCGGCAACUCGCCGCAGAACUCUCCCGGUUUACAGAGAGCCAGGGCUCCGGCGCCUUACCGGAGAGACUUUGAAGCCAAGCUCAGAAACUUCUACAGAAAAUUAGAAGCAAAGGGCUACGGGCAGGGACCGGGCAAGAUUAAACUACUGAUAAGGCGAGAACAUUUGCUGGAAGGCACCUUCAACCAGGUGAUGGCAUAUUCCCGCAAAGAGCUACAGAGGAACAAACUUUACGUUACCUUCCUGGGAGAGGAGGGGUUGGAUUACAGCGGACCCUCCAGAGAGUUUUUCUUCCUUUUGUCUCAGGAGUUGUUUAAUCCAUAUUAUGGUCUUUUUGAAUACUCAGCCAAUGACACAUACACUGUUCAAAUCAGCCCCAUGUCGGCGUUUGUGGAGAACCAUCUGGAAUGGUUCCGUUUCAGUGGGCGCAUUCUAGGUCUGGCUUUGAUUCAUCAAUACCUUCUUGAUGCUUUCUUCACCAGACCUUUCUACAAGGCGCUACUCAGGCUUCCAACAGAUCUUUCUGAUUUGGAGUAUCUUGAUGAGGAGUUCCAUCAAUCUCUACAGUGGAUGAAAGACAAUGACAUCACAGAUAUCCUGGACCUCACAUUCACUGUUAACGAGGAGGUCUUUGGCCAAGUAACGGAACGGGAGUUGAAGUCCGGAGGCUCCAACCUGCAAGUGACUGAGAAGAACAAAAAGGAUUACAUUGAGCGAAUGACCAAGUGGAGGGUGGAAAGAGGAGUGGUGCAACAGACAGAAGCGCUAGUCAGAGGCUUCUACGAGGUGGUCGACUCCAGGCUAGUGUCUGUGUUCGACGCCCGAGAACUGGAGCUGGUUAUUGCCGGGACUGUUGAGAUUGAUCUCGGGGAUUGGCGGAGCAAUACAGAGUAUAGAGGAGGCUACCAUGAUGGCCACAUAGUGAUGAGGUGGUUUUGGGCGGCCGUGGAGCGUUUCAACAAUGAGCAGCGUCUCCGUCUACUCCAAUUUGUAACCGGGACGUCCAGCGUGCCGUAUGAAGGCUUUGCUGCCUUGCGCGGAUCCAACGGCCUCCGACGCUUCUGCAUCGAGAAGUGGGGCAAAGUGACCUCUCUACCCAGGGCCCAUACGUGCUUUAACCGUCUCGACCUGCCUCCAUAUCCUUCGUACACUAUGCUGUACGAUAAACUGCUGACGGCCGUGGAGGAAACCAGCACAUUCGGUCUGGAGUGAGACGUACGAAGGGCAAAGGUCGUUCUUGGAACGUUGAGCGGAAAGCGUCGCGCGACGGACGCAUUGUGGAUUCUGUGAUUGUGCAGACUGAGCAAAGAUGUGGCUCACGUGGAUAUUGUCAAAUGAAUGUUAUGGUACAGUGUAUUAGUCUGACAUUUGAGGGUCUUUGUGACAGGAAGGGGCCGUUGGAGCUUCACACCAGAAGUACAUUAGUGUUAAGAGGAUGUACAAUGGUAUCAAUCAUAAAACAUGCAGCCAGCAUGCACGUAGCCAGAUGCUAAUAGCAACAAAUAUAGCUUAUAUAUAAAACCGCUGAUGACAACUUAACAGUUAACAUCUUGCCACUUUUUUUUUCUCUUCCUUUAUGAAUCCUUAGUUGGGUUACUUCAAAAUAUGUAAAUCGGCACAAAUGAUCUUUUAAGACGCAACAAUCAUGCUGAAAUUUUAAUAAUUGAAUGAAAAAGUGAAAUGCUAUUCAGAAUUGCAAUGAAUAAUAUAUAUUGUGUCUGUUUAUAUACAGGCUGUUUCAUAAAUGAGGUGUGAAUUUAAAGUAACAAAUGAACGGUUUACAUGCUCAGGUAGUUUAUUGGACGUUACAAAUACAAAUGAAAUGGACGCCAAAGAAACAAUCACAUGGAGUAUUUAACAUAGCAAAGCCUGCUUGGUAAAAUUAUUUAAAAGCCGAGAAUUGGAGUGAGCAAUGCAAGUUUUCAAUCAAAUAUUUAAUAUAUUAAUGUAACAGUAAAAGCAGCAGGGAAGAUUCUUUAUUCAGAGAAUUGAGCAUUAGAGUUAGAAUUACUUGAAUUGACCCAAAAAAAAGGAAAUACGUGUAUUUGGGGAAGGAAAAAAAAAAAGUUACUUUUUGUGGGUCCGAACCACUGGAAAAA